UCCAUGUUGGUCAGCAGAUUGAUGGGUUCUUCCUGGAUUGGACUGAGUGAUCGAGAGAAAGAGGGGACCCUCAAGUGGGUGGAUGGUACCCCCAUGACCUCAAGUUGGAGACACGUUAAACCACGCGAUGACGGCAGAGCAAGAGACUGUUUCGUAGCAGGGGAGGACGGCUGGUCCGAAGAACCGUGUAACAGACUGCACCACUGGAUCUGUGAGAAGGUCCUAGACCUGGAUCAUCUGGAGGCUGAGCGGAACAAAGAGGGUUCAGUGAUGCCCACGGAGGAGGAGGAGGAGGCCCCCAGCAUCACAGAGUUCCACUCCUCUACCCACGUGUUGCCCGUGGGCCAAACGGCCCGCUACACCUGCCAUGCCGGCGGCACACCGGAGCCCACAGUAGAGUGGCUCCACAACGGAAGGCCCCUGGAGAGGAACAGCACAGUCAACCAAUCAGAGGCCUGGGUGGAGAGGGGCUUCCUCUUCAUCAGAGGUGGGAGGUACGGCGUGAACACGGUCUGCUGCAUGGCGAGCAACAGCGCUGGCACGGCCAAUCACAGCGCUGAGCUGCUUGUCUUUGAUGCCUGUGACCUCACACUGGACCCCAACACGGCCUACAGAGGACUCUCUCUGUCUGAGGACAACAGGAAGGUGACGCGGGUUAGAGAGUUCCAGUCGUAUCCGGAUCACCCAGACAGAUUUGACUCCCGGUCCCAGGUGUUGGGUAGAGAGGCUCUGACUGGCUGCUGUUACUGGGAGGUAGAGUGGGAAGGACGGGUUGAUAUAGGAGUGACAUACAGAGGAAUCACAAGGAGAGGACUGGGUGGCAGCCGGCUUGGAGGGAACAACAAGUCCUGGAGUCUUUAUUGUUCUGAUGGUGGUUACUCUGCCUGGUACAACGGUACAGAGACAGCCCUCCCUCUCCGCCCCGCUGGCUCCACCAGAGUAGGAGUGUAUCUGGACCGGCCUGCUGGCUCUCUGUCCUUCUACAGAGUGUCCCCAGGUGGAGGAGGCUCCUCAGACACACUGACACACCUCCACACCUUCUGGUCCUCCUUCACCCAGGAGGACCUCCUCCCGGGGAUGGGGGUUUUGGGGGGGUCCUCAGUGGGGUCCUCAGCGUCUCUGUGUCGGUUGUAGAAAAAAAAAACGGGCCCGGGAGCGCCGGGGGUCAGCGGGGUGCCUCAGACUCAGUGUGGAGUGCGUUUGGCCGGGGCGGCACAC